AGGCGGGAAAGCUCCUGUUCUGUGAAGGAGGGAAGAGUCAGGGAAGCCUGAGGAGAGAGAGAGAAAGUGGGGGAAAACUUGAGGAAGAAAAAGGGGGCGAAGCACCCGAGGGAGGGCCGGGAGGAGGAACUGAAGGGGGGGCCAAAACAGGCAGAGAAAAGCGACCCCUGAGAAAAAGCUCUGGCGGAGGGGGAGUUUGACGUUUUUGUUUUGUUUAAAAUUGGGGGUGGGAGCGAGCUUUUGAUAGGAGGUUAGUAAAAAGUGGAGGAAAAGGUUUCAAGAGAGAGGGAGGCUUUUAGAAAAGCAACAACGUAGGAUUGGCAUUUAUUUCUGCUGGGGGAGGGAAUAUUAAAAAGAGCGAAAGAGCUGGAUUUGGGAAGAAAAGAAAGGAGAGGGGCAGAAAGGUAGGGAAAGGACCAUCGUGUGUGUGGGGGGGUGUUGUUUGAAGUCAAGCAGCUGUUGAGUGGAUGGAGGGGUGGGCUUGGCCUUAAGGUGGGAGGGGCAGUGCUGGCUCUGGAGUUAUAAGGCAGCCAGUGGGGGCCCCCUGGGUUUUACAUGUCUGAAUCCUGGUGGGUCACUGGAGUAGGAUCUAGUGGUCAGAUAAGUUCAGAAUCGUGCUUUGACGAGGGACAAGCUGCGAAACAGAUUUCCUCCACCUUGGACACCGAGGGAAACACAGUAUGGUGCUGGUUUGAAUGGUCUCCUCUUGAAACAGGAGUUCCUGCUGCGGAGCACGUUGGCAGGCCUCCCCUAGUCCAACAGCCUUGGGUUGUCAAAGAACUCCAUCCCUCUACAAGUCCACGUUUGUAAGAAAUGGGAACCUGUGCACAUCAGAACAUCCAGCUGUUUUUGCAACCUUUCACGGUUCACGUGUGGCAAGUGAGCUGUCUUCCACUGUAUCCGAAACUGGGUUAUAAUCCCGUAUUAACCAACUUUUGGUGCUGAUCCCAUUGUUUCCAUGGUGGCUUUAUAAACAGACAAAGCAGCCUUGCGAAGAAGGUUCCGUCAUGGCUUGGCAGGCUGGGAAUUGGGCCCAGCUCUCAGGAUGAUUGGUCAGAGCAGACUGUUUGCCCGCUGUGGAGUUGGAUUGCUCUUCCGGUCCUGGAGUCUUUGCUUCUCUCAGGCUGCUGAGGGCACAAUGGUCCGCAACAUCCAGAAGGUUCUCUGCGUGGCAGAGAAAAAUGAUGCUGCCAGGGGAAUUGCAGACAUCCUUUCCAACAGCAGGAUGAGGAGGGUAGGAGAGCGCAAUAGUGAUACAAUAUUUAUGUAUUCGAAUGUUGUCUUCCCCACCCCGAGGUUUGGUUGGAGGGGAGUAAAACUCAUUAUACCGCUAAAACACAGCACUCCUGAUGAAAUAUUGGUCCUCAAAAAGAAUCAGAAACCGAAAGGCUGUACAGUGCUGCUGGUCAAAAAUGGAGAUUAUUCAGACACUGUAAUACCUGAAGAGGUGUGUGGUGGCAGCUGAGGCCUGGUUCCAGUGUGACAGUGUUCCUAUAUGGAAAAACCUAUAUCCAACCUGAGCAUAGUAUGCAACCUGUGACAACUGCAGACAUGUAUUUUGCUGCAUGUAGAUAUGCUCAAAAGAUGCCAAAUAUCAGUCUUCCCAGUUAUUGCACACAAAGCAGAAUGUAUGCUUCUCGUGACUUCAGCAGUGCCUGACAAUUACAGAUGGAAAUAAUUUUAUACAGGAUUACCCUCAUUGUAAACAUUACACAUCUUAGCUAUAUGUUGAUCUAAUUCGUUAUGUCCUGGAAUUCUUGCUUUUUAGAGAGAAGGGUUUUCCAGGUUCAACAAGAUCUACGAAUGCCAGUAUCAUAUGUUUGGCCAGGUAUGUAUCCAGCUAUCCUUUACCAUUGUGCUUUGUUACUGAUCUGAUGAAACUGUGUGUGAGAGAGAAAGAGAGGCAGGCUCUAAUCCACAUCAAAAGAUAGUGGUAGUUACUACACAGAUUCGCUGCGCAAUCCGAAGCAUGUCUACUCAGCAGUAAGUCCUGUCCUGUUGAAUUCACUGGGGCUUACUUAGGUAAGUGAGGUCAAACCCACAAAUCAGUGCAGAUGCACCACAGCGGUUCUUCUCUCUGUGUUCCUCCCAGUGGUCAUUCCUCCUCUGGUCACUUUCUUCGGAUACACAACCUGAUGGUCUGUCUCCAGGCACUAGCGUCUCAUGCAAGAGAUUCCUACACGGUGGUGUUGACGUUGCCAGCCUUCACGUCACAUUUGCAGACAUUUUUGUAACACAGGGAUGAUCCGCCAACAGGCCUGGUACCUGAAGCCAGCUACCCCUAGAGCAGGCUUACUCAAACUCUGCCCUCCAGAUGUUUUUGGCCUACAAUUCCCAUGAUCCCUAGCUAGCAGGACCAGUGGUCAGGGAUGAUGGGAACUGUAGUCUCAAAACAUCUGGAGGGCCGAGUUUGAGGAAGCCUGCCAUUCCAUUCUGUGGAAGUGACUGAGCCAAUAUAGAAGUAUUUUUCAUAAAUUCCCCCUUGUAAUUGUGAAGCUUGUUUUAUCGUGUGUGUGUAUAUAUAUGUGUAUAUACACAUGCACACACAAACUGAAAGUGUUUGAAUUUGGGAAGUGUCUGGUUCUUCUUUAGGAAGCUGGAUUCAUUUGUGCAUGAACCCUAUUUCUUGAUCUCUUUACAAUAAGCCUGAGAGGACUUUAUCUUAGAAGCCCACUAUGGGCGGAGGGUUUUAAGCAUUUCUUUGGCUCUGACAGGGAAUAAUCCUUGUUCCUCCGGCUUCUGCAGAAUGUAGCUGUGGUGAUGACUUCUGUUUCUGGACAUUUGCUGGCUCAAGACUUUAAGAUUCCGUUUCGAAAAUGGUAUGUAUGAGUGGAUCUCUGAGGAUAGUUCAUAUUUCUGCAGUUACAUGCUGAGAUUUUGAAUAGAAGUUGUAGGAAGUUGUUACCUUUACCGUAGCAGAUGUGUUUAGAAAGUGGAAGGCAUUUCUUUAGACUUGUUGCCUGCUCUUGUCUGUUGUUGUUUGACUGUAUAUUUUGCUGACACUCAGGCACAGCUGCAAUCCACUUGUCCUCUUUGAUGCCGAAAUUGAGACAUUCUGCCCUGAAAAUUAUAUGGACAUUAAGGUUUGUGUUGCUGCGAUGCUUUCUGCUGUAACUGCUGUUAUCCUCUACCAUUCUACCAUCUAUCUAAGAUCUUUGCCUAGUAAUAUUUUCCAGUUGCAUCCCUUGUACCUUCAGCAGGGGCAAGUUUGCCUGCUUUUUGAAGGGGCCUUUUUGCAAACUGUUACGAUAGCUUGAACUUGCAGUUGCACUCUGCAGUAUUGUUGGCUACUUUCUUGUUCACAAAUUAUGACUCAAGGCAUUCUACCCCAAGGCCAGACACCAUAAAUGUCACAAUUGUUGCCUCCGCAUUGUACUGUGGAUCAGAAAUGUUGGGUCUUGCAAAUCCAUGCAAUGGGAUGUAAAACCAUGUUAGUCUGUAAUCAGGGCUGAACUUCCUCACCAGGCUUGUAUAUAGCAGGCUCCAAUUUCCCCCUUUAAAACCGGCUAGUAGGUGAUUGGGAGGCAGGUAAAACAUUGUACAGUCGUACCUUGGAUCCUGAAUGCCUUGGUACUUGAACGUUUUGGUUCUUGAACGUCGCAAACCUGGUUUGCGAACGUUCUUUGGAAUCCGAACAUCCAAGGGGGCUUCCGCAGCUUCCGAUUGGCUGCAGGACCUUCCUGCAGCCAAUCAGAAGUCACUCUUUGGAUUCCAAAUGUUUUGGAAGUCGAACGGACUUCCAAGGUACAACUGUACUGCAUACUCUGAGGCACAUGGGACCUCUUUAUUUUAAAUGUAUAUGCACCAUCUUUCCACUCAUUAGUACUCAGAAGGCAACUUUGAAUCGUAGACUUGUAAAAUCGGAAGGGACAUCAAGGGUCAUCUAGUCCAACCCUACAAUGCUGUAAUCUCAACUAAAACAUCCAUGAUAGAUGGCCAGCCAGCCUCUGCUUAAAAACCUCCAAGGAAGGAGAGUCCGCAACCUCCACAACUUAACAGUUAUGCAGAACAGCCUUCUCCAAUCUGGUGCCCUCCAGCAGUUUUGAAUUACAUCUUAGCAGAAGCCCCAUCUGGGCAUGAUGGGAGUUGUAGUCCAGAACACCUGUAAGGCACCAGAUUGGCGCCUGACACAAAACAAUAACAAUGAAAACAUAAAUAGCUACAUGGUUAAAAUGAAAUCUACAAUACAGCAGUAAAAAAUAAUAAUACUAAAGCCAGAGAAGGCAAUGGGAAAACUGGUGUCCUCUGUUCUCAAAUGCCCCCUGAAAUGCCUGAUUUUGUGCAUGCUUGCUUUGAAGCAAUCCCCACUGAAAUCAGUGAGAUUAGGUGGGUGUGCAUAGAUUUUCAUCGUUGUAGCAAAAUCCUACGCAUGUGUACUUGGAAGUAAGCCCCAUUGUUUUUGGCCUAGGCCUGGGAGCAUGGUGUGUCUUGCCUGUUAGCUGUAGAAAUGUGUUCUGUGUCCUUGCCACCUGCUAAUUAUGUGGCAGGCGGCAAUUAAAACCAGCAGCAUUGUGGGUGGCUUGUUUCCCUGUUCUCUCAUCUUGUCCCGCUACUUAUUCCAGCGAACACUUGAGCGAGAAGUUCAGCAGUGCCAGGCUCUGGUGAUCUGGACAGAUUGCGAUCGCGAAGGAGAGAACAUUGGCUUCGAGAUCAUUAACGUUUGCAAAGCAGGUGUGUGGGGUUGUGGUGUGAGAAUGUGACCCCCCCUUAACAGAAUCCUAGGUCAGUGAAAUGCAUGUAGACCAACCCUCUUCCUUCAAGCAGAGUCUUCCCAGAUAGAAUCAUAGAAUCAUAGAGUUGGAAGAGACCACAAGGGCCACUGAGUCCAACCCCCUGCCAAGCAGGAAACACCAUUAGAGCACUCCUGACAUAUGGUUGUCAAGCCUCUGCUUAAAGACCUCCAAAAAAGGAGACUCCACCACACUCCUUGGCAGCAAAUUCCACUGUCGAACAGCUCUUACUGUCAGGAAGUUCUUCCUAAUGUUUAGGUGGAAUCUUCUUUCUUGUAGUUUGGAUGCAGCCCAGUCUGUUCAAUGCAGUGAUUUCCCCUCCCCUCCGCCUGAAAUGCUUGUAUUAUAGUGGACCAAAAGCAGAGAAUGUGGUGCCUAAUAAUCUAGGCCUCUGAGCCUGCUUCCAAAUUCUCCCACUCUUGCACAGUGAUACACGCAGCACUGGGAUUUAUAGUGUACCCUUUGUGCCCCUGUUGUUCUAGUUUGCUGUGGAUUUUGUGGACCAUCACAUUUUCUAAUAUCUGCCUGGGAAGCCAUAGACAAGGCUUCUGGAAUUUGGCUCCUUCUGUAUUCUGACGCAGCUAUACUGUGUGCUUCAGUUAAGAGUUGGUCCUGAUUCAUAGUAUCUGUGCUGCAAAGCAUGUGAAUAGGAAGCAACAUCUGCUUGCCAUCUGGUAAUGCUUCCCCUUUACGCUGUGCAAAUGCAGCUGCUUCGGAGUGUAGAAGGAGCUGAGUUUUAAUUCAGAAUUUGGCAUGAAUCAAUCCUAUUUGUGGAACAAAGGAAUCGAUACAAACUCUUAUUUAGUUUGUCUUUGGAAAUUACCUUCAGCAGUAUUUCCUGUUUUUGAGAUGGUCUUAUGGACUACCCAAAAGCACACCUGGACCAGUGGUGGUCCACAAGCCACAGUUUAAAGAUUCAUCAUCUAUUGGACCUUGAGCCCAACAUGCCUUAAAAGUCUUUUCUCUCCUAAUUCUUACCACGGCCUAUUAAAUCGACUUAAAAACACCUUCUUUAACAAUAGCACUAUGAGAUAAAAGAUGUCAGCUAUGUUUUGUGGACCACUGGGAUGUUAUUGAGAUUUCUUAAAAUAUUUUAAUCAUGUUGCUUCCUCUGUCUAAAUCUGCCAUUAAUCUCUCUUUCUGGUGGACAGUGAAGCCGAGCCUCCAGGUAUUCCGAGCUCGCUUCUCCGAGAUCACGCCUGGUGCCAUCAGAACUGCCUGUGAGAAUCUCACCCAGCCCAAUCAAAAUAUUAGCGAUGCUGUGGAUGUCAGACAAGAGUUGGAUCUCAGGAUAGGUAUGGGAGAGAAAGGCAUAGUUUAUCCGCAUAUAAAUACCCCUCGUAGAUACUUGGGUCACAAUGGAUAUUGUGGCAUAAAUCAGUAUAAAGAUGAUACUAGCAUAUUAUUGGGAAAGGUCUUUCAAAGCACAGGUAUUUGCUCUGCAUGUGGUGUAUUUCCAAAAAUUGUGAGCUUUCUGGUAAUGCACUGCUUGUUAUAUUUUCAAUUGUUGUUCUUGUUUUAAAAAAACUUAAGUACUAGAAACAUACUCUCAUGGCUAGUCCUGCGCAGUAACACCUGUCUCUCCAUACAGAUGGAUGCACGGCCGUUUGGCUUAUUUUCUCUUCUCUGCCUAGGUGCUGCCUUCACCCGAUUCCAGACUUUGAGGUUCCAGAAACUCUUCCCCAACGUUUUAGCAGAACAGCUGAUCAGCUACGGAAGUUGUCAGUUCCCAACACUGGGGUUUGUGGUGGAAAGGUUUAAAGCCAUUCAGGCCUUUGUUCCUGAGUUGUUUUACAAAAUUAAAGGUAUGUUUCAGAAUAUCAAAUGCAGAAAGUAAAACAUUAAAAAAAAAAAGGUUUUGCAAUUUACCUUUUACUAUUAAAUAAUGUAAAUUGCAAAAAAAAAAAAAAAAAGUUUAUAAAAAUUGUUUGCAUCGUCAAAACAUUUGUCCGCCGCUAUAGGAGUUUGCUUUUAUCCACAAAUCAAUGUAUUAUCUUUCUCAUAAUUUUGGACCCUACACCAGUGUGGUGUAGUGGUUAAGAGCAGUAGAGCCUUGGCCCAGUAUACCUGAAGGAGCGUCUCCACCCCCAUCGUUCCCGGACGCUGAGGUCCAGUGCCGAGGGCCUUCUGGUGGUUCCCUCAUUGCGAGAAGCAAAGCUACAGGGAACCAGGCAGAGGACCUUCUCGGUAGUGGCGCCCGCCCUGUGGAACGCCCUCCCAUCAGAUGUCAAAGCGAUAAACAACUACCUGACAUUCAGAAGACAUCUUAAGGCAGCCCUGUUCAGGGAAGUUUUUAAUGUGUGACAUUUUAGUGUAUUUUGGUCUCUGUGGAAGCCGCCCAGAGUGGCUGGGGAAACCCAGGCAGAUGGGCGGGGUACAAAUAAUAAAUUAUUAUUAUUAUUAUAGAUUCGUAAUCUGGGGAACCGGGUUCGCGUCUCCACUCCUCCACAUGCAGCUGCUAGGUGACCUUGGGCUAGUCACACUUCUCUGAAAUCUCUCAGCCCCACUCACCUCACAGAGUGUUUGUUGUGGGGGAGGAAGGGAAAGGAGAAUGUUAGCUGUUUUGAGACUCGUUUGGGUAGUGAUAAGGCGGGAUAUCAAAUCCAAACUCCUCUUCUUCUUCUUCUUCUUCUUCUUCUUCUUCUUCUUGUGCUUUGUUGACGUUGAGUGGAAUCGCCCUUCCCCAGCACAAUUCUGUAUGCAAAUAUCAACGAUGAGGAACCUGUGGCCCUCCAGAUGUUGGACCAACUUCAGCUAGCAUGUCCAGUGGCCCAGAUGGUGAGAGUUGUAGUCCAAAACAUCUGGAGAGCCACAAGCUUCUCACUCCUGCUUUGAGUGCAUUGCUUCUGUGUUGUAUGACCUUUGUGACGCUGGGUCUCAAAAGUGACCUGCCUUCUCUCUGCAGUGACUCAUGACCAUGAGGAAGGCACUGUGGACUUCAGCUGGAAGAGGAACCGUCUCUUCAACCACACAGCAUGCCUUGUUCUCUACCAAAUGUGCAUGGAGGUAAGAAACUACAUAGUCCGGUCUGCAUUCUCUUAGCAUUCCAAGGCCCCAGAGAUUGCUCACUCUUGCUGCUUGUUUUUCUCUUAGGAUCCUGUUGCCACAGUUGUGGAGAUCGGGAGCAGACCAAGGAGUAAAUGGAGACCCCUGCCACUAGACACCGUGGUACGUUUAUGAAAAAAGGGUCCUGGCAUUAGGACGUAAUGGAAAUGGCUCUCAAGAGAUCAACUAAUCAAGAGCUCUUACUUGACUUCGUAUUCUGAAUCAAUGUCCUUUUGGAAAGCCUCAGAGAAAGAGGCUCACUACAAAUAUUCUCUUUUUGAAUGUAUGAAAAAUGUGGGUUCCUUAGGCUAAACCCUUGAAUUCCUCAGCUUUAGAACUCGUGGAAUAUUUAUCAAGUACAACAUACAGGAGAAACAGGGAAGUAUUGAUAAGUCUGAAAAGCUCUGACAUUGCCCUACACCACUUGUGAAGCUUUUGGAAGAUGCUGCUUCUGUCUUUUACUAAUUGAAAUAUGUGACCAUCAGGCCUACUGUUUCUUGGAGCUGAGACACCAGUGCUACAAUUUUCAGAGUUUGGCGUGUUUACCAGAACAGUCUUCCCCAACCUGGUGUCCUCCAGAUGUUGCUGGACUACAACUCCCAUCAUUCCUGGCUGUUGGUCAAGCUGGCUGGGGCUGAUGAGAGCGGCAGUCCAACAACAUCUGGAGGGCACCUGGUUGAGGAAGCCUUCACUAGUAUUUUAGACGUGUUAUGGUCUUUCCUAAGCUAAUAGACCAGCUUAUUUUAAUGUCAAAUUGCACAUUGACCAUCUGGCGAUGCAGUCAUUGAGCAUAUAUUUCCCCCAUCUGCCUCUGGUACAGGAACUUGAGAAGCUGGCUUCCCGUAAGCUGAAAAUAAAUGCCAAAGAAACCAUGAAAAUCGCUGAGAAGCUCUACACUCAGGGGUAAAAACUGCAGUAGUUUGUGCGUGUUUGUUGUAUAAAACAUUCAGGUCAGUAUUUCCAGAAGCAGACACAAUGGAAGAUGAGCGAUGGAUCAGGAUCACAUGGAAGUCCUAAUGGUUUAUCAUCAUCAUUAUUAUUAUUAAUAUGCCACCAAUCUGACUGGGUUGUUCUGGCCACUCUGGGAGGCUCCCAACUAAAAGUAAAAGCACAAUAUGACAUCACACCCUAAAAACUUCACUGAACAGGGCUGCCUUCAGAUGUCUUUUUAAAAUCACGUAGCUGUUUACCUGUUUGGCAUCUGCUGGGAGGGCGUUCCAAAGGGCGCGAAUGACUAUCAAAAAGGCUCUCUACCUGGUUCCCUGUAACCUCACUUCUCGCAGUGAGGGAACCACUAGAAGGCCCUUGGAGCUGGAUCUCAGUGUCCGGGCUGGAGGAUGGGGCCGGACACUCUUCUCCAGGUAUACAGGGCCGAAGCAGUAUUAUAUCUGUGGCUUGUUGAGUGCUAAUAUCUGCUACUAAAAAACAUCUGGCCUUUAAACAAAAUUAGGUGUAGAUUUGUUUAAAAGUAAUGCUUAUUUUAUGUUAUAAAUUGUCAUUUUUUAAUGGCCCUUUAUUUCCUAUUUUUAAGGUACAUAAGUUAUCCUCGAACAGAGACCAACAUUUUUCCUAAGGACCUAAACCUUCCCAACUUGGUGCAACUUCAAACGCAAGACCCUCACUGGGGAGCCUUUGCACAAAGGAUUCUAGACCAUGGUGGGCCGACCCCACGUAGUGGAACUAAAUCAGAUCAGGCCCACCCCCCUAUUCAUCCUACAAAAUACGCAGGAAAUUUACAGGUAAUCCCAUGUGGUUGGGGUCGCUUUUUUGUUGUUUAUUACACCAUAUGCUGCUUUGUUUACUCUUAAGAAUCUAACUGGCUGGCUUGUUUUUCUAACUGCCACUUGGCAGAGGAGCCGUGACAGGUUAUCCUCAUUGAGAAACAUGAUGGUGGAGCCUCGUUUUAAUUUAUUUAAGUAUUAGUAUGGUGGUGUGUCAUAAAAAUUAAAUCGAAGCGAUUUAUAGAAACAAAACCAUUAAAAAAUACAAUAGAAACGGUAAAAAAAAAAGUUGAAAAUCGGCAUCAAUUAAUCAUUGUGAAAGGAUGUAUUCUUCAUUGCCUGCAUAGAUCUGGCAGUAUGGAAUCAUUUUCAGCAGGCAUUUAGAACAGAUGGUGCCUGCUGAAUCUGUAUUGGCAGAGAGUUCCACAGGACUGGACUGAUAACACUAAAGGCUUUUUUUAAAUUGUCAAAUGAGCCUCGCCAACUUGGGGAAUGACCAAAGAUAUUCCUGCAGACCAGCUGGGGCCUCCAAAGCCAAGGGCAGCCCCAGACAGAGCACAUUACAGUAAUCUCAACCUUAUCAUGCUUUAAAUAGCAGGCCAUUUCAGGUGUAAGGGCAUGCAAGUUUCCCAUUCAGAUUAAAGUGCCAUGGUUAUCGGAAGUUUGUGAAACACUCUAGAAUCCUUUGCUGCUUGUUGCUUCUGUUUAUUAUAUACCUGUUUUCUACCCUGCCCAAAGCUGUCUCCCUGAACUGAACCAGAAGCUUGUUCUCCUCUCAAAUGCCAUUCACGUAUUAUGCAUUUUUCUUUGCACUCUGUUAAUAGGGGAAUGAUCAGCGGCUCUAUGAAUUCAUUGUGCGCCACUUCCUGGCCUGCUGUUCACAAGAUGCGAAGGGACAGGAAACAACUGUGGAGAUUGACAUUGCUAACGAGCGCUUUGUAGCUCAUGGGCUGAUGAUCCUGGCCAGAAAUUACCUAGAUGUCUAUCCUUACGAGAAGUGGAGUGAUAAGGUGAGGUGGGACUUGUUCAGUAUGGUUGGACUCAAUAGCGGGGUCAGCAACAGAGAUCCCCUGGGCCAAAUCUGUCCCUCUGUUUGUAAAUGUCAAAGGCAAAAAAAAACAAAAAAGACUUACGGAAACAGUAUGGUGUGCCAACAGAGCUUUUAGGACCAGUGGUAGCUAUGUGUUGGCUAUGCAUACACUCUACUCCCUUUUCAUAAGAACAUGAUUUUUAAAAACAAAAAAACCAUCCUGCCAAACUUCUGCCCAGCCCACGGAGUAGGGAACCUUUUCUUUCGUUUUAUAUAAUAUGUAAUUUUUAUUAUAUUUCUGUUUUACAUUUUAGAAAAUUCACUUAUUCAACCUUAAAAUAUCAAUGACUUCUCUUCCUCUCUUUCCAUGGUUCACUUUUCACAACAUAAAUCCCUGCAUAUUUUAUAUAAACUAAACCAUUCAGUAUUCCAUUAUUACGAGGGCAGGGAACCUUUUCAACCCAGCGGGCCAGAUCCUGAGCUCCCCACUCACCUGUCAAGCACCUGAGAUCAGCAUGAUGUCAGCUAGCUCAUUUUUCUGUUGCAGCAUCAUGUGAGCUCAAGCCAUGCUGCAAAGGAAGAUCUCACUCAGUAAAGCACUAAUCCACAAUGACUUCGGUAUAUUGCGAUAUAUAGUGAAGUUGAAAACCAGAGAUUGCCCAGCCCUACCCCUUAUUCCCCUUUUUCUAAGUUAAGCAACUCCAAAUGUAUCAUUUCUUUCUCUCUCUCUCUCUCUCUGCCUGCCUGUCUCUCUCCCCUUGCCCCACAGGUUAUCCCAGUUUAUGAGAGGGGGUCUCGCUUUCAGCCCACCACAGUGGAGAUGACGGAUGGGGAGACCAGCCCACCCCAGCUGCUUACAGAAGCUGACCUCAUUUCCCUCAUGGAGAAGCACGGCAUUGGUUAGUCCCCUACAGGCAGUUCAAGGGAAGUGUAAUCACAUGUCUCAAGACGCUCUGUACACCACACUGCCUAAAAGCUACCUAAACCUUUGGCAGUGUGCAGAGAACUAACACGUAUUGUGGGAUGGGCAUUUUAGUGAUAAAAGGGGAGAGUGGAGGAGAGCCAAUGUGGUGGUGGUGUGGUUAAGAGCGGUAGACUCGUAAUCUGGUGAACCGGGUUUGUAUCUCCGCUCCUCCACAUGCAGCUGCUGGGUGACUUUGGGCUCGUCACACUUCUCUGAAGUCUCUCAGCCCCACACAGAGUGUUUGUUGUGGGGGAGGAAGGGAAAGGAGAUUGUUAGCCGCUUUGAGACUCCUUCGGGUAGUGAUAAAGCGGGAUAUCAAAUCCAAACUCCUCUUCUUCGAAGUGAAUGGGGAAGGAGCUGUGGAUUCUGGGGAUACUGGUAAACAGUAGGUACAGGGGUUGAUUUGUGCAAGUGGCAAAAUGCAGUAUCCCUGCUUAUUGCAUGCAUUUGCAAGUCUUUUAAGCCAGCGUUUGAGUAGUGAAUACAGUUCUCAGUCAGUAUUGUGCAAGAAAUAAUGGCAGGAGGCCCCUCAUUGCUGAUGAGUGCUAACCGAAACGAUUACUUUCAGGGACAGAUGCCACCCACGCGGAGCACAUUGAGACCAUCAAGUCCCGCAUGUACGUGGGGCUCACCCCAGAGCAGAGGUUCCUUCCUGGGGAGCUGGGGAUGGGGCUGGUAGAAGGUAAGGAUGGGCCUUCUAAGUGAGCUUUUAGGAUCGCUCUUCCUCACAUCCUUUUCCUCACCACAAGGUCUUCACCCCACCCUCCAGGCUACGAUGCCAUGGGCUACGAGAUGUCUAAGCCUGACCUCCGAGCCGAACUGGAAGCUGACCUGAAGCUGAUCUGCGAGGGGAGGAAGGAGAAAUCUGUUGUGCUGAGGGAGCAGAUCCAGAAGUACAAGCGAGUCUUCAUCGAAGCUGUCGCGAAGGCAAAGAAGUGAGUCAUUUCCUGCCUCUCUAGGACUCGGCAGCGCCCAAGCCAGGAGUGGCAGCUGAGCUCCCCCGUAUCUCAUUGCUUUGCAACAUCGUGGUGGCUCUUAUUACUGUUGUUCCAAUAGACAUGAGGUGCACAAAUAGCUCUUCUUUCCAUGGAGUCAUCAGUAAAUUAGUUUUGGCUCUUCGUGUACAAAGUAGGGAAUAUACAUUUUGUAAAUGAAAGGUGCCUUUGUCAGGGCUGGGGAACCUUUUUCCCCCCUGUUGGGGCAGAGGUCAGCAAACUUUUUCAGCAGGGGGCUGGUCCACUGUCCCUCAGACCUUGUGGGGGGGCCAGACUAUUUUUUUUGGGGGGGGGGGGAGAACAAAUUCCUAUGCCCCACAAAUAAUCCAGAGAUGCAUUUUAAAUAAAAGGACACAUUCUACUCAUGUAAAAACACGCUGAUUCCAGGACUGUCCGCCGGACGGAUUUAGAAGUUUAUUGGGCCGGAUCCAGCCCCAGGGCCUUAGUUUGCCUACCCAUGUGUUGGUGGCUACAUGCUAUCGGUGGGCAGCGCCAGAGACAAAAAAGUGAGCAGGGCAACCCUUUUCUGUCUUUCUGCCACCGCCACCACCCCUCUCCCCUAAUUCCCCCCACCCUUGCCAUCUACAGGAAAUCAGGCCAAGCGCUGCUGGUCGUCCACUCCUGAAGCGGAUAAUGGAAUAUAGACUGGGUGUGGUCAGCGUUGCUGUACUACUAUAGGUAUUUAUUUGCACAAGAUGAAUUGUGUAAAUAAAUACCAGAAGAAGUGCAAUUAUUUUAUGAGUGAGCUGUGCACUCCCAGUCCGUUCAUAACAUUGGCAGUCUGCUAGGAGUGCCUCGCUCUGCCUGUUUUCACGUGUUCACCCUUUGUGUAAUAAUGUGAUGCAGCUAUUGUCCCCUCUCAAACUGCUUUUAGCCUCUCUUAGGAAAGAUAAUUCUGCAUUACGCUCUUCUGUAUUUACUCAUACCUCCCAAGUUAGGUGAGCAGUUAAUGCAGCUGAUAAAAUAGACUCUUGCUUUAGUUCUUUCAUUCCCUCCCACUUCUCCUUUUACCCAUCAUUUUCUUUUGUCUUCUACUUUUAUUCCCUGGCAAGAGCCACUUCCUGUAGCACAGGGAUGGGUGGGAGAGGGUGCCUUCUGAAUGUUGCAGAACUCUAGCUCCCAUCAUCCUCAGCCAGCAUGGGAUGAUGGGAGCUGGAGUCCAACAGCCUCUGGAGGGCUAGAAUUUUUCUCCCUUUGCCUUUUUAAGGAGUCUUGCCCCUCCCUUCAGAAACUGGGUCUCUGACAUGGCCUUCCGCAAUCUUUCCUGCUAAGGAACGAACGCUGAUUUGCUUGCGUUUUGUUUUCUGUGCAAAUACUUAUAAACCCACUAAUCCUUUGAGCCGAAACAGCUGGAAGCCGGGGAAAACAAGUGCAGCUUUGUCUGUUUGUCUUUGCAGGCUGGAUGAGGCUCUGUCUCAGUAUUUUGGGGAAGUGACCCACGUUGCACAAGAAGAAGAAAUCUACCCAGCAAUGCCAGAUCCUGUUAGAAAAUGUCCACAGUGCAACAGCGACAUGGUCUUGAAGACCAAGAAGAAUGGAGGGUCAGUACAGGGGCGGCCCAUCAUGUUUUGCCACCUGAAAAGAAACAAGAAGUUGCCCCCUCCUGCUGGGGUCCUGUUGUUGUCUCUUCUGCUGCUCUGGUGGCAGAGGAGGGAAGCAGCCCCACCCCCCAUAACCAGGAAGUGAGGAGAGGUGGUGGCGGCAGUGAGAGCUCACCAGAAGCGGUGGCAGCAGUGGGAGGGUUGGGCAGCAGGCAGGCAGGCAUGGCGGUGGGAUCUGCCACGUCUGGAUUCCAGCAAGAUCCAAAGCAGUCCCCUCAGUGUGCCCAAUAAUAACCCAGCUCUGGGUCAAUAUGAGAGUAAACAACCUGACAUUUUAAAACAACACCCAUCUUACAAACGAGUCUGCAAAUAUAUUUGUUCACAAAAAAUGCUUUACUAGUCAGUCUGUAAAUACAUACCUGCAAGUCACUAUGGGACUUAAUUGGGCGGGGGGGGAAUGAGCCCAUUGUCUUUGUUGGUCGUCUGGAGGUGAUUGUUACUCACCAUGGGCGACCAGAUAGGUAGCAGUUCCCAGACCUGCUUAGAGAGCGUUCCCUUGAAAUUCUGCCCAAUGGACGGUAUUCCUUCUCUGCUGAUUAAUAUUUGCAGAGUUCGAGGCUGGGGAAACUUUGGCUCCCCAGGCCUCCCCCUUUGGCCUGCCACACUGUUUUUGUUAAGCCACACUCACCUGUCUCGCACCUGACAUCAGGUGUGAGAUGGGUAGAGAAGCAGCUGAAUCCUGGGCUGAAAAGCAGGAUUGAACUCCCUGGCUGGGUUUUGAAUGAGAAGCAGGUCCCCAAAUGGGUUGAAAAUAUUGAAUAUGACUUGUGUAGACCAUACCAAAGCAAUGGUCCGACUCCUCGUGUGUGAUGCCAACCCACAAAGUCAAAGUCUGCAAAUAACUGUUUGCCUGGUCACCUGGGACAAGCAAGAAUUACCUUUAGGUGACAGGGAUGCGUUCAUCAGGGGAAGACACUUGGGUUCUUUCCCCACUACCUGCCCUGCUUCUGAAGAGUCCAUACAUUACAAUUGGCCACACAGAUAAUAUCUAUGGGGAAUCAAGAAUUUUCUGUGGGCUGUCAUCCUGACAUUUCUACCCUACAUAGACUUCUCGGGAUUUGAACACGGGACCUUCUGCAUGCACAGCAGAUGCUUAUGCCACUGAUCUACAGCCCCUCCCAUAGUUCCUCCCCUAUUCUGCUGUUUCCUUUUAAUGCUUUUUCUUUUUUAAAAAAAAUCCCCAGGUUUUUCCUCAGCUGCUUGGGCUAUCCCACCUGUAAAUCUGCUGUGUGGUUCCCCGAUUCUCUGCUGGAAGUCAGCAAGGACGACUCCAUCUGCGAAGUGUGCAGACCACAUCCGGUGCACAUGUGAGUGUUUUCCUAAAGACGGGGAGGCGCUUUGGUUCCGUUCACAUCACAGUUUGGGGUGCAUACCUAGCGGCAGGUUUUUGAAGUGGUUGAAGAUUCAGGUGGAAUUUUCUCCUGAGAGGCAGGAGAAGUGUGUUUGCAUUUCAGUCUAGUAAUAGAUCCGCUCCUCAGACACAUUAGAGGGAAUUGUAGCAGGAGGUUGCCUUGCUAUGGAGUGGCGCAUGACCCAUGUUGUGCAGCAGCUAUUGAAGGGGGAGGUGCGGGGGGUGAAUUGCAAUAUUCCCCUCCAUUGUAAAACAGGUUGUUCAAGUGUCCCACAUUUUCCAAAUGCUCAGCCAAAUCUGCAAAAUCAGGACACCGAGUUGUAGCUGCGGACAGUGGGUAUUGUUUUUGUUUGUUAUCACGGUAUGCAUUUUUGUAGUUUAAUAUUGUAAGCAGGGUGGACCAAAAUUAAUUAUUUUUAUUUUAUUUUUUUAAAAUUUAAAUCAGAUUUUUAAAAUAAAACGCUUUUGGAGGAAAAAUCUUUCUAAAGAUAGUUUUCUAUUUUAAGAUACAUUCUAGUCCAAAGGCUAUUCAUCAGGAAAUAAGGAUUUGUUUUAAGUUUUUCAUAUGUGCUAAAACCCAGUCUGGUUUUUGUUUUUUUUAAAUCGUUUAACCACAUCAGUUAACAAGCAUGGAUACAUAUGCUAUAAUGUUAUUGUUUUAGUUAAAUAAAUUGUUUAAAUUGUUACUAAGGAAAUGAUUAUUUUUCUCCUUCCAAUAAAGUACAGCAGAAAAGUUGUCCAAAUAUAAGCAGUUAACUUAUUAAACCUCACAGUAAUUUCAUAAUUAUCUGUCAAUGUAUUUAUAAUAGUAUAACCAAAUCAGUCAUUUUUGAUAGAACUGUAAAAACCACUCUGAAAAUUUAUGGUUCCAAAAAUGAAACCUUCAUCUGGUUGUCAAUAUUAAGAGGAUGCCAGCAAGGUUGAACCUUUCUGUAAAAAAAGGAGAUUUAAAUCAAGUCUUACUGAUUAGUGAUUUAAAUCAAGUCUGACUGGCUAGUGAUUUAAAUUGUGAUUUGAAUCGAUUUGAUUUAAAUCAAAUCCACCCUGAUUGUAAGCUGCCCUGUGAUCAUCGGAUGAAGAGCGGUAUAGAAAUUUAAUUAACAAUAAUAAUAGCCAAAAAACUUCUACUCACAAUGGAACCAUAGAAUUGUAGAGUUGGAAAGGUCAUCUAGUACAAUUCCCUGCAAUGCAGGAAUAUGCAGGUCGCCUGUACGGGGAUUGAACCUGCAACCUUGGCAUUAACAGCACCAUGAGCUAACCAGCCGAGGUCUGUUUUGAGCAAACUAACAUUGGAUACAAUCCAACUGGCCUGCGCUAUGUGGGUUAGGUUUCCUUCCCGAGCAAGACCUUUACUUGCACAUUUUUGAAGAUACAGUGGUACCUCUGGUUACAUACUUAAUUCGUUCCGGAGGUCCAUUCUUAACCUGAAGCACCACUUUAGCUAAUGGGGCCUCCCGCUGCUGCUGCACCGCUGGAGCAUGAUUUCUGUUCUCAUCCUGAAGUCCUUAACCCGAGGUACUAUUUCUGGGUUAGCGGAGUCUGUAACCUGAAGCGUAUGUAACCUGAGGUACCACUGUAAUAGGCAGAGUGCCCUCUUUGCAGGACCUUGGGAGCUGACUGGCAAGGCAUCCUUAGAAUGUCUAAUCUCCUGCUAAGUACAGGAUCUACAGUGCAGUAUGCAAAUACCUCCAUCAAAGAUCCCGUCGCUUCCCACAGGUCUGUUCCACCGUUGAACAGUUCUUACAAUUAGGAAGCUUCAGCCAAAAUCUGCUUCUCUGAAAUAUCCAAACAUUGGUUUUAGUCCUGGCCUCUGGAACAGCAGAGGAUAACUGCUCCAUCUAUUGCUUGGCAGGCCUUCAGUUGCUUAAAGACAGCUGUAAUGAAUAAAAACUUAGAGGCAACUGCUUGAACUGUGAUCUAGUAAAUAACACAGUACAGUGGUAUCUUGGUUCUCGAACGGCUUAGCUGCCGAACAAACUGGCUCCUGAACACCACAAACCCGGAAGUAAGUGUUCCGGUUUACAAACGUUUUUUGGAAGCCGCGUCUUGGUUUUUGAACGGUUUUGGGAGUCAGACUCCCAGAACGGACUAUGUUCGAGAACCAAGGUACCACUGUAUGGUCUAGUUAACUGGUGGGGAACCUGUGGCUCUCCAGGUGUUGUUGUACUUCUGCUCCCAGCUGCCCUAGCCAGCACAAACAAAUAAGAGUUGGGGAUGAUGGGAGUUGUAGUCCAGCAACGUUCAGAGGGCCACAGCUUCCCCACCCCUGGACUAGCCGUUGCUGUCUACGCUGGCCAGGAACAAGCCCAGUGCUAACUUACAACACCUCUGUUCUUUAGGUUGAAGAUGAAGUUCAAGAGGGGCAGCCUCCCGCCCAUAAUGCCCCUGGAGUUCGUUGGCUGCAUCGGAGGCUGCGAUGAAACCCUGAGGGAGAUCCUGGAUCUGAAAUACCUUCAAGGGGCACCAAGACCUUUGCAGACGACCAGCCAAGCAAGCAACCUCUCACAAGCCAACCGUUCCUCUGACCGCGCCGACAGCAACCGGAACAGCCACAGGGUACUCCCGAAUGCUCCCCAAGGCCCUCCUGCACGGGCCGCCCGAAAUCCUCCCCCUGCGCUUGCCGAUUCUGGUGGGAACAACGCGGUGGUAUGCAACUGUGGGGAGGAGGCUGUGCUGCUCACCGUCCGGAAAGAAGGACCCAACCAAGGCAGGCAGUUCUAUAAAUGCAGCGCUGGCAGCUGCAACUUCUUCCUGUGGGCCGAUGAGCAACCGGACAGCAGGGACACUGGGAUACCCAGGGGCUUUGCACCCCCUCCAGGCCCCUUUGGUAGAGGGGAAAUGGGCUCAGGGCGCUCUUGGAGUGACGGCUCUGACCCUGGAGGAGGAGGAGGAGGAGGAGCUGUGUGCAGGUGUGGCCAGCCUGCUGUCACUAGGACAGUUCAGAAAGAAGGACCCAACAAAGGACGUCAGUUCCACACCUGCUCCAAGCCAAGGGAACAGCAGUGUGGCUUUUUCCAGUGGGCGGAUGAAAACACGGCACCAGGUAAGGAAAGGGGUCUAGAUGGUUUGGGGGACGGGGGACGACUCUGGAGAGUCGGGUUAAAAUCAGCCCAGUGUGGGGGCUUCCUGGGAGGAGAAAAGCUGGCAGGGGAAGGAGAUGCAUCACCCCGCCUGAGCUCUCUACAGGAAUGGUGGGAUACAAAUGCAGGUAACUUGAAGCUCUGCGCCUUUUUGGAUUGAAAUGGCAGGGAAUUGCCAAUAUCCUAUGUGGCUUCGCUUGCAAAGUUACCUUCCCAAGUAGGUUCCAGCUGAUCUGCUAGAUCCUCGAAGAUUCCACUUUUUAAAAUACUGUAUUUGCCUGUUUUGAGAUUUUAGCACACAGCUGGCAGCAGAGGGAAAUUCAGCAGGCAAAAGGUCCUGUAUUCAAGCUGCUCACUCUCUCUGUUUAACCAGCCCUGGGCUAGCAAGGAUGGGGAAAGGGCAAAUCCCUAAAGAGUUUUUUCCCCUGGUUAUCGUAGGUGUAGCUGGACUAGAGUAAACAGGCUGGAAAAAUUAUUCCGGUCUCACAGUGCAGCAGGCCACCCCUCAGAGCUGAGAAAGGGGGGGCCAGAUGCCACCAUCAACAAUAUACAGUGGUACCUCGCAAGACAAAAAACGCGCAAGACGAAAGAGUUUUUCGUUUUUUGAGUUGCUUCGCAAGACGAAUUUCCCUAUGGGCUUGCUUUGCAAGACGAAAAACGAAAACGUCUUGCAAGUUUGUUUCCUUUUUCUUAAAACCGUUAAUACCCUAUGGAAACCGUGCUUCGCAAGACGAAAAAACUCGCAGAACGAAUUAAUUUCGUCUUGCGAGGCACUACUGUACUUUGGUCUGCCAACAUGGCCCCCUUUGGGGGGCAGUGACACCCUUGAAGUCUUCCUGUGCUGUUCAUGAACACCCACCCCCUUGGUCAUGUUGUGGUUGUGCAUUGUUACUUUUUUCUCUGUUAAAAAUAUGUAAAAUAGCGUCACUCUUCCAACUUCCUUUUUCAGCUUUCUCCCACUUCCAGUUUCAGCAAUAUUUGCUUUCAAAGGCUCAGAUUUAAUUCUAUAGGAUCCAGCAUUGACUCAGAUCCCUUGGAAAUGGAAAGUGUGCGUGUGUGUCCUUUCUCUGUCUCAAAGUGGGGGAGUGGAGAGAUACACACUCAAAAUUUCCAACGUGUCCACAGACCUAAAAAAAAAAAAGAAGUGGCAACCCCUCUUCUAUGGCACACUUCUGUCAUCUGAAGUAAUCUUAAAUGUUUUCCUUCUCUUUAUCCCCAGACGCUGCCUUUCCUUCAAACCACUUCACGAACAAAGGGAACACGAGAGGCUCAGGAACUAAGACUAAAAGAUCAGACAGCGAUUCUUCCGCAAAGGCGCCCACUACCAAGAGGCCACGGACUUGCGGGAUUUGCCACCAACCUGGCCAUACCAGGAAGACAUGUCCACAGAAUCACUGAAGCAGCCCAGCCCCCAGAAUCUGACCCAGGACAUCCCUUCUGAAGGAUGAGGGACGAGAGGGAACUCUUACAAUGCAACGAGGAAGUGUUUGCCUAGAAUAUUGGAAGCCUACUUGCAAGCAUGGUUCCUUUUGUGGCCAGGCCUUCACAUUCUUCCACUGCUGGUGGAAGGUCAGGUCUGCUUUCUGUGAGCCAGGCCUAGCACAGGCCUUUGCUCUCUUAGCUGUAAUGCAUUCAAGAGUCAGACAAUUUUGAGGCAGUAGGAAGUCUUCCCACUAACCCCUCUUUAUGCAGCAGCCUACAGAUCUCCCUUACCUUUCAAUAAGGCUUCCCCACCACCACCACCUGAACAGUAGAAAGCACAAGAGACUUUUCUUUCCUGUCAGUUAUUCUAUAAUCCAUAUAUUCUUUGGAAGGAGCAAACUCUUCUUUACAGAUCUGUGAGCAGAAUUCUUGUGAAGGCAAAAAUAAUUCACCUGAAGUGCCUGUUUCUUUCCAGUGACACACACUGGCUUGAAGAGGUGUGCGGUCUUGAGACCUUGUGCCAAACGCACCCUCAAGAAGAGAUGUCAAACAAGACUACAGAGCGUAGCUCUACUGUUUUUUGGGGUGCAGGCUGCGGCUGUGUUUUACGAACCCUCAUCUUACUUUUUCAUGGGUCUUGAACUAUGUGUGUUGCUUUUCCAAAGCAAUAGCCACCAGUACAAAGGUUUUGUGACUGAAAGAGCUGUAGAGCCUGCUUUUCUUCCCUAGAAAAUGUUAAAGGUCAGUGGACUAACAAUGGUGGAGAACCAUUGUUUACUGAACACCACUAGGUACGCCACAUGCAUUCCAGGAAGUCCUUUACUUCUUCCAAACGAGGACAGCAAGCCUCAGCACCUUAUAUAAGAGGAAGGAGGAUAUGGGAUGUAGGCAACAUCUCUCCAACUCACUUUGUUGUCUGGUAAAUGUUCUGAUUAAAAGCAAGCUGCUGCCUGAUUACAAACUGGUUUGGGUAAUAUAUGGGCUUUAAAUAUAUAUAUAUUAGCUUAAGACAUGUGGUGUGUGAUGUUUUGGUAUUGUGCCUCGUCUUACAACCAACAGCCAGUGUAUCACAUAUUGCACAGUGAAAGAUGGUGUCGAAUUCGUCACCUCGCCAGGGAAGGAAGAGUGAGGCACAUAGUUAUGGCGGGAACCACCGAGACUAGCUUCUGUGUCUCUAUUGAAAUGCUGCCUGCUUACUUUCAAGCCUUUACUCUGAAAGUGCAAAGCUCCCCCUUUUCUCUCUUUCCCUUUUGGGCUGUGAAGGUUGCUUCCUUCCCUUUUGCUUCAAGAGAGCAGGGCCUGCAGAUCAGCC